CGGUAAAAAUUAAUUAGUCAAUAACACUCCCACGUUUAACUUAAUUAAGACUUAAGCUUAAAUCUUGAGAAGCGUAAAGUUUGGAUUAGCCAACAACCGCUGCUAUCGUUAGCAUUAGUUAGCAUCGUGACCCGCUAAUCGAAGGUCUGGGAAAUCCAGCUAACUAAAGAAUAAUGUCAUUAAAAGAAUGGCCACCCGCUGUCGUCCACUUUGAACCGGCGUACUUUUGUUCAUUUUAAAGUGGCCAAAUAUCGAAACAAACGUCGGUGUAAGCUCCUCUUUCUGUGGAUCAUGCUGAUCUGGAGACAUGUUCCCUAUGUAUUUUUGAAACUGAUCAACAGAAAUGAGUAAAGAACAUGCAAAGAUUGAAAUGGACCUGGCUUUUGGUUCAGGAAAGUCUUACGGUUCUUCCAGAAGCUUGGUAAGGAGAAUCGCGUCCAGUCUUCCCAUUAAGCCAUGCCCCCGGGUUCAUUUUCAGCUUUACCCAUACACUGAGGAGGCUGGAGUUCUCAUCAGAGCCAAGAGGCAGACCAACCUGGUCCCCUCCCUCGCUGACGUCGCCCGGAUCGAAGGGGAUGAAGAGGAUGAUGAAGGCUACUUUGGCAGAUCCAGGCCAGGAAUCCCACCGGGCUUCAUGUUUCGGGCACAGCAGCCUCGUCCUCAGAGGAAACCGGUCGCCCGCCGGCGCUCCCUGCCCCCUCUGCAGGAGGACUCGCCUGACCCGCGUGGACCAACUGCUGCAAACGACGAGGCGAUCCAGAAGAUCAGCGCGCUGGAGAUUGAACUUGCCAAACUCAGAGCGCAGAUAGCUCAGAUUGUCUUGGCUCAGGAAAAGACGGCGCAGUCGGCUGUUGUUGCUGGGGCUCCUCCACCUUUUGGCAGCGUCCCUCCUCCUCCGCCACCACCACCGCCUCCUCCUCCUGCACCAGCACUACUGCGAACAUUUUCAGCCAUCGAGCUGAUAAAAGAGAGAAGGGGAAAGAAGAAAGAUGAGCAUGCCGCUGUGGAUUCAAAGCCAGCAGAUAUCCCCAGCAUGCUGGAUAUCCUGAAGGACAUAGACAAAGUUAAGCUGCGGUCGGUCAAAAGUCGCUUAGACAAAGUUGAAGACAAAACGAAGUCCAACGAGCCGGCCGACCCUGCGGGUCUCAUCGCCGAAGCUCUGAAACGCAAGUUCGCCCAUCGGUUUCGAAAAAACAGCGGACAAGAAGGAAGCGACAGAGAAGAUGUGAACAUCGCCGACCCAGAAGCCAAACCUCAAAGUGAAACCCCUCUGUUUGGGCAGCACAUGCUGAAACCAACUGGAAGGAAAAAGCUGCUUUGACCAGAGGAGCCUGAACUGCUCAUCCAGAGAAUCUGUAGCUUCUCUCUGCUGACCUGGCUGGACCAAUUUUUCCAUCAUCUCAGUCCAAGGUUAUGGAUUUUUCUUUUGUUGUUGCACUUUUAUAACUUAUAUCAGCUUUGUAUUUUAAACCAUGGUUUUCCUGUGAACACAAACACUAGACAACUAUUAUUAUUAUUAACCUUAUUUUGUAAUUAUUUGUUUUAACUUGUUGCACAUGGAAGAGGAGUGAAGCUGGACAAGCUCAUUUAACAUGGAGGGGGGGGAAAAAAGCACUUUCAGACAUUUGGUGCAGUAUUGUUGAAGAACAUGUGUAAAUUGUAGUUUAAUUUGAUUGGGAGGAGGUUAUUUAUAUCGCGAUCCCGGUAGAUGCUGUAGUUUGUUUUUAACAGUGAAUGAUGCGACAGAUUCGUCCGUUAUUUGUUUCAAGGUACUCGACCAAAUGUGGAUUGACAUUUGAAAGAAUUUUAUCUUCUGUCAGGUUCACUAGUUCCAGUAAAAUGUGUUUUAGUUUAUAGCAUUUGUUUUAUCUCCUAAAAGCCAAAGACAUUCCACUGAUCUCCUGCAGGAUUCUGCAUUUUGUUCCUGUUUUAUUAAACUGUGAGGAAAGUUAAUGUCUCUUUAAAAUUGCUGCUGUAGUUGCAUGAGCAGUGUUCAGUAAUGGUUAUGCUUUCAAGAAAACAAUCUUAUGUUAUGAUUACUGUGGUUUAAACUGAUGUUUUGAGCUAUUGUAAGUCUCUUUAUCAUUUCACUUCAUAGCUGCUUAUUUAUAAGGGAAGGCAGACAAGUUGUCAGUAAUGUUUUUGUUGGUUUUGCAGAAGAGUUCUCCAAGAAACUGUAAAUCAUUUUAAUAAAAGUUGGUCUCUUGACUUUUUGGUGUUGAGUCAACAAUCCUUGAAAAUGUUUGACCAAGAAAUGAUUUCCAUUGAACAGUU